AUGAGUAGCUUUAGCGAUUUAAGCCAGAUAUCGGAUAUACAUAGUAUUUCACGAAUUUCUCGUUCGAAUUGUAGUCGAAUAAUUGGUACAAUAGACUCAUUGCAAAAUUUGUUUGAACAGCAAUGUAGUUUGACUCACAAUUCAAGCAGAAGUACUAUAAAUCAAAGAACUAAUAAUUUAGAGAAAACUGUAAAAUGUCUAACUGCGUGCGAAGAAAAUAUAGGAGAACAUAUAAAAUACAAAAUAAUAUUGAAAUGUAUAAAAGACGCAUCAGAAAAUGUAAAAGGAGCAUUACCUGAAGAUACUGCUACUAAAUUGAAAGGAUUGCUUCUAAUUCAUGAGCUUAACAAAUACAUGCAUUUACCAUCUACUUUAAAGAAUGUACAAGAGGAAUCAAGUAUUUUGGGAAUUACUGAUUUACCAAAAUAUGACCUUAGUUAUGAAGAGAUGUUAGAUACUAAGUGUUAUGUGGAAUCAUUAUUACGGGAAAAAAUACAUAACUUUAUAUUAAGGUAUGAACAAUUGGGAGGAAAUAUGAAAGAAGUUUUAAGAUCAACUGACUGUAACAUGCGUAAAAAAUUAUUUGAGUCUUACGAAGUCCAACUACUUCAGUGGAAAGAUAAAAUAGAAGAAUUAUGUGCUCAAUAUGAAGCUGAUGUCAUGAAAUGCAGGAGUUUGAUGAACAACUGGAAUAAAUUAAAGUACAAAGAUACAAGUAAACUUUAUUUGGAAAAAGCAGAGUACAUAUUAUUGCAAGCCCAAGUUGCAGAAGUACAAGCAAAGAUUACAAAGUUAUCAUGCAUUAUGAAAAUGUACAAAGAAACUCCAAUAACAAUUGAUGCAUAUAGAAUGUUAAAAACAGCUAUAGAUGAAAAAUUAUUUUCAGUAAUGAGUGAAAUUGAAGAGAAAGAAAAUUUAAAGAAACAAUAUGAAAGCUUACAAAACACUGAAUAUGAUGAAGUAUUAAAGACUUACUCAGACUUGUGCAAAGUUAUUAAGAUAAAGAAACAAAUAUUAGAAAAACUCUAA